ACACACCACUAUACUCACACACACAUGCUAUUAUACUCUCACACAAAAACUACUACAAUCUCACACACAUAUUACUAUACUCUCAUACAAACAAUAGUAUACUUUCUCAUCAAUAUUUUUAUAGUGUCUUGCAUACAUAACCAUACUUUCACACACUAUUGUCUGAGCCAAAACCAUAUUCAUGCAUACUCACAACUUUUCCUUCUUACAAAUACAACUGUUCUUACUUAAAAAUUAUAUUAUACUCUCAUGCAUACCUCAUAGCUUUCUAUAAAGCAGGAUAUGCAUUUAUUAUGUUCUCAAUAAGAGAACAUAAUUGUGUGUGUAAAAAAGUUUAAUGGUCUAUAUAAGAGGGAAUGGUGCUAUGUGUGAUCAAGUAUGAUUUAAAAGGAAGUUACUUUAAUCAAACAGGAAGAUGACUUAGAUCCUCAUUUCCUGAUUGGGUAACACCUCUGAAAACAAACAUUCCACCUACAUUUAGUACUGCUAGCUAAAUUUGAGCCACAGGCAACUGUCCUUUCAAUGACAAUUUUACAGCUGUAUUUUGACUAGUGAUAGAUAACAAUGAGAUUGCUACUUAUUUUUCUCCUUUUUCAAAGUCUGUUUAUUUUUGUGGAAGUAAAUUGUAAUGAGGCUGACAUUACUAUUUUUUUCACUCAUGCACUGAGAUGUGUUCAGGACAUUGUAAGGGAAACUGACAGCGGUGGACAUAACAACAUGCUCAUGGACAGAUUAUUCAGUGAGCUAACUGGAUAUACAAGGACAAUUUCUGUCUUUCUCUCAAUUAGUCAUCAACUUGAAAGGGGUAAUAAUCAAAGUGUAGCCAUUUUGGAUGCGUUGUUUGCAUGUUUUUGUUCCAUAAUGAAUUCAUACGUAAGUUUAAGACCUGUGGAAAUGAGACAAAGAGAUCUUUUAGCCUCGAGAACACCACCAACAGUGAGAACUGGUCAUCCGGGUCGUCCUGAGUACAGUAUAGAACAUGAACAAAUUACGUACUGUUUAUCUCUGGGAAUGACUUGGCAAAGAAUAGCUGAAUGCUUUGGAAUCAGCAGGAGGACAUUGUACAGGCACAGGCAACAACUUCAAAUUGGGCCACUAACCUAUACAGAAAUGUCUGAUGAAGAAUUGGCAGACAUUGUAAGAGAGAUCCUUCAAACUACCCCAAAUGCAGGUGAACGAUAUGUGUUAGGAAGUCUUCGAUCCCGCAAUGUCAGAAUACAGCGCCAGCGAGUGAGACGUUGUCUGCAACAGCUUGAUCCAAUUGGACGGGCCUUCCGACGCCGCCAUACAAUUCGUCGAAGAAUUUACAAUGUUCAAACUCCAAAUCAGUUAUGGCACAUCGAUGGAAACCACAAAUUGGUGAGGUGGAGAAUGGUUUUUCAUGGCUGUGUUGAUGGCUUUAGUCGGACAAUCAUAUACUUGCAGUGUCUUAACAACAACAGAGCAUCUUCUGUCCUGGGAUUGUUCCGUACCGGAAUUCAGUGUUUUGGACUGCCCCUAAGGGUACGCUGUGACCAUGGCAUGGAGAACACAGAAGUUGCUCGAUAUAUGUUAGAAAGACGGGGCUUGAACAGAGGCAGUGUCAUUACCGGGCGCAGUGUCCACAACCAGAGGAUUGAACGUCUGUGGGCAGAGCUAAAUAGAGUCGUUUCUUUCCACUUCAGUAACCUCUUUAGCUUCAUGGAAAAUGAAGGCAUACUAGAUUCUACUGAUGAACUACAUUUGUUUUGCUUACACUACAUCUACCUACCAAGAGUACAGAGGGCAACUGCAGAAUUCCGAAAUCAGUGGAACCACCAUGGAUUAUCUACACAAGGAGGACAAACACCUCUUCAACUGUGGCAGAGGGGGGUUCUAAACGGUAUCAAUACUGGUGCAAUUCAGGACAUUUUUGCAGGAACUGAGAACUUGGAAAUCAAUGAGGACAUCCCUCUACAAGUAGAGACUGAAAACAAUGUUGUUAUUCCAGUUAAUGAGUUUAAUGUAAAUCCAACAGUUAUGAACAGAAUUCAAGACACUAUAGACCCACUGAGAGAGGAUGGAAACCAUGGUAUUGUAUUAUUUUUAGGCCUGGUAAAUGUUCUCAAACAACAGUAACUGAUUAAGUCGUUAAUAAACUAAAACAUUGUGGCAAUUUUUGUUUUUAAACAGUUUGGCUGGGAUACUGAUAAACAAUAUGCCUCAAGAAAUUACAGAACAAACAUUUGAUUUCUUUAGAACCACAGUUUUUUAUGUUCUAAACGGAAAAAAAAAGAAAAUUAGAAUGUAAAUGCACUGAUUGUGAAACACACACAAAAAAUAAAAUAAAAUAAAAAAAGCAAAAAGGACGAAUCUUCUGGCUCAUUGCUUAAAACAAACAAACAAAAAAAAAAACAGCAACAUUGUGGUAACUUAUACUUUGCAUGAAAAUCCAGAUGUUUUUGUUUGUAGUAAAGUAAAAAAAAAAACAAAACAAAAACAACAGGUACUUGUACAUAUUAUUUUA